CAAGCUGCUGGGAGAAGAGGUGCUGGAGCCCCGUCCUUCCUCGCAGAGAGCAAGGAGGGUUAGAGCAGAGAGCAAGCGUGGAGCCUCCCGCGUCUGAAAUGUGAUCCUGCUGGAGGCACCUCCCUGGGCCCCACCUUGCGCUCCCCAACAUAUAUAUGUCACUCGCCAAGGGCACAGGGGACACGGACUGACACACUGUGCCUGGGCCCCGGCAUCCCUGCAGAUGGAGCGGCCAAGGCACCAGGGGAUGGCAAAGAACACCUACAUGCGCUGGCGGCUCCCACUCAUCUGCCUCCUCUGGGAGGUGGCGAUGAUCAUCCUCUUUGGGGUCUUUGUGCGCUUCGGCCCUGAAGCUGAUGCACACUGGGAGGAAGAGAAGCAUCAGAUGAACCUUACCAGUGACAUUGAGAAUGAUUUCUACUUCCGAUACCCCUCUUUCCAGGACGUUCACGUGAUGAUCUUUGUGGGCUUCGGCUUCCUCAUGACAUUCCUCAAGCGUUAUGGAUUCGGAGCUGUGGGAUUCAAUUUCCUCCUUGCUGCUUUUGGGAUCCAGUGGGCUCUCCUGAUGCAAGGCUGGUUCCACUCUUUCCAGAAUGGGAAGAUCCUUAUUGGAGUGGAAAACCUGAUCAAUGCUGAUUUCUGCGUGGGUUCUGUGUGUGUUGCCUUUGGAGCCAUCCUGGGCAAAACCAGCCCAGUACAGCUUCUCAUCAUGACUUUGUUUCAAGUCACACUCUUUGCAGUGAAUGAGUACAUCCUCCUCGAGCUGCUUCACGUUAAGGACGCGGGUGGCUCCAUGACCAUUCACACCUUUGGAGCCUACUUUGGCCUCACUGUGACACGUUUCCUAUACAGACCCAACCUGGAGCAGAGUAAAGACAAGGAAGGCUCUGUGUACCACUCUGACCUCUUUGCUAUGAUUGGUACCCUAUACCUGUGGAUGUACUGGCCCAGUUUCAACUCAGCCAUUUCUGAACAUGGGGAUGCCCAGCAUCGGGCUGCCAUUAACACAUACUGUUCCCUGGCUGCUUGUGUCCUCACCACAAUGGCCUUCUCCAGCAUGCUGCAGAAGAAAGGCAAGCUUGACAUGGUCCACAUCCAGAAUGCAACGCUGGCUGGUGGAGUGGCUGUGGGCACCAGCGCGGAGAUGAUGUUGACCCCAUAUGGCUCCCUCAUUGUUGGGUUCAUCUGUGGCAUUGUGUCCACAGUGGGGUUUGUCUACCUCACGCCUAUUUUGGAGUCCAAGUUGCACAUCCAGGACACAUGUGGCAUCCACAACCUCCAUGGCAUGCCAGGCCUUAUAGGGGGCAUUGUGGGAGCCAUCACUGCAGCUGCAGCCACAGAGGAUGUAUAUGGAAAGGAAGGGUUUAUCAAGGCAUUUGACUUCACUGGCAGCUACAAGACACGGACGCCCAGCAUUCAAGGAGGGUUCCAGGCGGCCGGCAUUGUUGUUUCUCUGCUGAUGGCUUUCGCUGGGGGAACCCUUGUGGGAGCCAUCCUGAAGCUGCCCAUCUGGGGCGACGCGGCCGACGAGAACUGCUUCGAGGAUGACAUCUACUGGGAGGUGCCCGAGGACGAGGAGAGCGACGUGUACCACAUGCACAACCCCGACAAGGCCGCCUCGCCCUGAGCCGCCAUGCUGCCGGGCUGCCGCGCCUCAGCGGGACGGCGGGGCUGCCCCCGGGGGCGGGAAGAUGGCGGCCGCCAUGUCAGGCGCACCGCCCUGCCUGUGAGGAGAAAGCCUCGUGGGGAAAGCGUGGGGGGGGGGAACACCCUCUUCCCCACUGGCUCACUUUUGUAAUUAGUUCCUGUGAACAAAAUAAAAGCAUGGCUCUUUUUCGUA